AUGGAGAGUGGAAGCAGUGGGAGCUUCUGCUUGAAAUGCCUCCUGCGCCCUACCUGGCUCGCCUCCAGUACGCUCAGAGUUCGCACCUGGGACGUGGAGGUUGUUGUUAGGAGCCGGCAAAGACGCCCCCCCCGGGGGCCGGGGCUGCACAGUCUGCACGUGCGCGCGGCGGACAGCCAGAUGGCUUCGCGUGGCUGGGUCUUGGCGUUCCGCUCGGUGCCCGGGGUUUGGCGGCGGGUGGCGCACACAGCCGCCGGGCUCCGAGGCCCCUGCCUGAGGAGGGGCUACGCCAUAGGCCCUGCUCAGAGCCCGCCCACUUUUGGGUUCCUCUUGGACAUCGAUGGCGUGCUGGUGCGGGGCCACAGGGUGAUCCCCGCUGCUCUGGAAGCAUUCCACAGGCUGUUGAACUCCCAAGGACAGUUGCGGGUGCCUGUAGUCUUUGUCACAAAUGCUGGGAACAUCUUACAAGAUGGCAAAGCCCAGGAGCUGUCAUCCCUCUUUGGGUUCAAGGUGGAUCCUGACCAAGUUAUUCUCUCUCACAGCCCCAUGAAGCUAUUCUCACAAUUCCACAGCAAGCGGAUGCUGGUGUCUGGGCAGGGACCCCUAGUGGAAAAUGCCCAGGUACUGGGCUUCCAGAAUGUGGUUACUAUGGACGAGCUGCGGACAGCUUUCCCUGUGCUUGAUAUGGUUGAUCUUGAGCGGCGGCCAAAGACCACGCCCAUUCUGAGGAAUGACUUUCCAGCCAUCGAAGGAGUGCUCCUCCUUGGGGAGCCUGUCCGCUGGGAGACAAGCCUGCAGCUGAUCAUGGAUGUUCUCCUCAGCAAUGGGAACCCUGGGACUGGUCUGGCAACAGCCCCCUACCCCCAUCUCCCUGUUCUGGCCAGCAACACAGACCUCCUCUGGAUGGCUGAAGCCAAGAUGCCCAGGUUUGGCCAUGGCACCUUCCUCCUGUGCCUGGAGACUAUUUAUCAGAAAGUCACAGGCAAAGAGCUGAGAUAUGAGGGCCUGAUGGGCAAACCCAGCAUCCUUACUUACCAGUAUGCAGAGGACUUGAUUCGACUGCAGGUGGAGAGGCGGGGCUGGGUGGCCCCCAUCCAGAAACUCUAUGCUGUAGGUGAUAACCCUAUGUCUGACGUCUAUGGUGCCAACAUGUUCCACCAGUACCUGCAGAUGGCAAAGCGUGAAGGGACAGCAGAGCUAGGAGCUGGUGGUCUGAAGAAGCAGCGGCCAUCGGCAACACAGAGCUGCACUUCCAUCCUCGUGUGCACUGGCGUGUACAGUCCCAAGGACCCGGAGCCCAUGGAGCCUGCCCAGAGAGGAGAGGAGCCUCCAUUCCACGGGCACCGGGACUUCAACUUCAGUCCAGGGCUUAUGGAGGCGUCCCACAUUGUGAACGAUGUGAACGAGGCUGUGCAGCUGGUUUUCCGCAAGGAGGGUUGGGCUUUAUAG